AUGAAUAGCAACCACUGGUCCGCACUCACAAUGAGCCUUGGAAAGAGACCUAGAGUGGUUUACGACGAAGUUAGUUCGUCCGGAUGCUAUGGCCCAACGUUGAAGAAAGGCAAUAUCGGUUCUAGAAGUGACUGCGAUGGGCAGGAUGAUAGGAAGGGAAACGUUUACGACGUAAGGAUAUUGAUGUUAAAUGCAAGAAUCUUAGCUAAAACGAAAAAUACUGCUGAGCAGCCUGUUGAUAGUGUAUGA